AUGAGGUGGCGGGCGCGCGCGGGCCCCUACCGCGCCAAAGAGCGCGCCAACAUCAGCUUCUUCAUAUUCAUCAUGUUCUUCGCUGUCUGCGGCGUGAUAGUCCUCACGCAGCUCCUGCUCCUCGAGAGGCCUAACGCUGCCGGCUCGUCCCGCUCCCGGUACAACGAGGAACUCCAGGCCUGGGAGGGGAGGACCGAGACCGGCAACGGGGAGGGGGGUGAGCCCCCCCCACCGGCCCACGCGCCUCUCGACGCGGUUUGGCAGCCUGUUGCGGGUACUAGGUUUAGGUUCUACGUAUAUUCAGCGUUCGUAGAGCGGCGAACAGUUGCGGCGGUGCGCAUAAUCGCAGCGACUAAAACGCGCGGCGCCGAUGCAGUCAUGUGUCGCAUCUGGUUGCCUGAUAACCGCACGCUCACGCUCAAGGCUAGGGUUAAGGCUAUCCGCGAGAACUGGAACCUGAAGUACAGCGCCACCUAUGUUCUGUGUUUGCUACGUGAUACUGGUGUGAAGCCCCAAGAUACCGUAGGAGCUUCCAUCUCAGUGGUGGCUGCCAGCUCACCCACACGACCACCAACCAACUUGCUUACUGUACUGGACACGGAACCUAAGAGCGGUAUUGAGGAAACGCUGCAUGUGUGCGUCAAACCAUUCCAUUUCUCAUACUCCCGGGGUGACUGGCUGAUCGAAUGGUUCGAGCUGAACCGUAUAUUAGGGGCCAGCCAUUUCUACAUGUACAACGAGUCUCUCUCCGCGCCUGUGGGAUGUUUACUGGACCACUACAGGAGGCAGGGGCUCGUCACGCUGCUGCCUUGGAAACUGCCUAUCAUAUCUAAAGUGGAGAUCAGAACGGAAGGCCAGUUCGCCGCCUUCAACGACUGUCUCUACCGGUCGAUGUCAACCACCGGUUGGCUGCUUGUCAUCGACGUGGACGAGAUCGUCAUGCCUCGUCGGGAGCGGAGUCUGCCGGCGCUACUCACUGCCCUCAGGGCCUCUUACAGCCCGCCUUCUAAAGCGCCGGCCGCUUUUCUGUUUAGGAACGCCUUCUUUUAUAUGCGGUGGGAGGUAGAUUAUAAUGCUAUGAUAUUGAGAAUUGAGAUGGACGAGAUCGUCAUGCCGCGUCGGGAGAGGAGUCUGCCGGCGCUACUCACUGCCCUCAGGGCCUCUUACAGCCCUCCUCCUAAAGCGCCGGCCGCUUUUCUGUUUAGAAACGCCUUCUUUUAUAUGCGGUGGGAGGUAAGAGUGCAGUUAUUUUUACAACUAUUGGUAGAUUUAUAUCAAAUAUUGCUUGUCAUCGACGUGGACGAGAUCGUCAUGCCUCGUCGGGAGCGGAGUCUGCCGGCGCUACUCACUACCCUCAGGGCCUCUUACAGCCCGCCUUCUAAAGCGCCGGCCGCUUUUCUGUUUAGAAACGCCUUCCUUUAUAUGCGGUGGGAGGACGACCCAGAAGCGCCAGCGCCGUUAGUAACCGCGCGCAAAACGCGUCGGUGGGCGACGCCGCACGCGCUGAAGAAUCGCAGCAAAUACGCGCUGCGGCCGCGAGACGCGGUCGAGCUGGGCAACCAUUUUGUUUGGGAGCACGCGCCGGGCGCCACGUCGGCUGGCGUGCCCACGGAAAGGGCGCUACUACAUCACUAUCGAAUUGCAUGCGAGUACGGUGGAAUGAACUGUUUAACGGUACCAUCGACAGUGGACCGCACUGCCCACCGCUGGGCAGAAGAACUGGCCCAACGAGUAGCCGCAGAAAAAGAACAAGUCAAGAGGACUUGCCCGGCGACGUCACGUUGAGGUGACAUUUGAUAUCACUACCAAACCAAAGUCUAGGUAUUAUAGUGACAAGAAAUAUACAGUUUCUUACUUAAUUUAGAUUCUGUAGAAACGUUACCAAAUGUUUUAAAAAUGUUUCACUGAAAUGGAACACGGAAUUUGAAGAUUCACGGAAGUUAUUGCCAGGUAUGAUAAAAACUUUAAUACCUUUUUAGUAAAUAUUAUGUUAGAGUCACGCCGCGAGCUGAAAUACCCACAUGAACCAAUUACAAAGUGCCAAACCGUCUACAAUUCAUUUAGCCAAUCCAAGAUUAGCAUAAUGUAAGUAGAGCCAAUCCAAGAACGACAUUAUAUUAUAUUGGACUGUCUCACAUUGUCUUACAUUACAACAACGUUGGAUUGACAAUUAUAUCUUCAUUGGAUUGACUCAAAUGUAUCUGCCAAUGUUGGAUUGACAAUUUAUUGUUUUGGAUUAUUAUCAUAGAUUGGCUCUGUGUAAAUGGUCAAUUGAUUUAGCUCACGGUAUGAUGGACGCUGCAAUUCCAGAGUUUAGCUGAAUAAAAUAGGUAAUCCUCUGGACAGAUUCGUAAAAUUAUUUAUAAUUUCAUACAAAUAUCGAUAAAAUAUUUACGUAAGGCCGAAGUUUUUGUACAAGUAAGAAGUGCUUCAAUAUUUAGAAUGAUAUGAAAGUCAAUCGCGUUAUAUAUUUUUUACUACAGAGCAAUAAAUACACAUUUUUCAUAGUAGACAUAGCAUAACAUUUGCAAUAAAUAGGUAAUGAAAUAUUUCAAAAUGUUCACACACGUACUUACUAGUUGCUAACUAAAGGUAUGAUUUUAUAUGUUUGUAAUUUAAAGAUUUUCAAGCUAUAAAAUUUGAUACAGAUGACAUAAUUUUUUAAAAUGACGCAAAUACGUAAACUAUUUUUCGCAUGCAAUGUACAACAAUGCCUCAUAGGAUAUUAUGAUGCCCCAAAGAGAUUUUUUAUAAGCAUGAUGUUACACCGGAUUCUUUGUUGUAUUUAUGGACAUGCAUUUGCAUGCAUGGAAACAGGAUAUCGUUUUGGCACCCAACAGUUGGCACCACCUGUAGAGUAAGAUCACUGUCAAUUGCUAGCAACGAAGACAGUAGCGCAACUGUUGAACGCGGUUUCUACCGAAUUUGAACUUACCAGGAUGGCGUAGGGUCAUGUCAAUCGCCAGUGGUGUCAAGUCAAACUGUUCAUUAUUUUUAAUGUUACCUUAGAAAAUGACCUUGCCAUAAAAUGCCGAUAAAGGCAAAUAAAGCCUUUUAAGGCAUUUCAUGAAGACCAUACUCGUGCCAGAAGCUAUGUAUUAUAGUUGUUACCUAAUACAUAAUAAGAAGAUUCCGGAUUAUUUAUUAUUUUCUUAUAAUUAUAUUAAAUUUUUGCUCACGCAUUUAAUGGACCGAUAAUAAUAAAGUUUAGGUAAAGUAUUUGUGCCAUUUGGUGUUAUUUUUAAGUACCUACCAAAAACAAGUUGCUCAAUAUUCAAAUCAGUAUUAUUGUAAAACUGACAUGUUUUUGAUGGUAACAAUCUUCAGUAAAUGUUUAGGAUGAUUUGGACUUCAUUAAAGGUAAGUAGGUACAUUUGAAGGCAAAUCAAGUGGAACAGUUGCACUGCUUAUGGGAGCUCUUAUUUCGCUAAGAAUGAGGUGGUCUUAAGUUUAGAAUAGUACGUCUAAUGUGUGGCAGUUUGUUUUUUCAGACACUAUUUCACGAACUUUAAUGUGUUGAUACAUUACUUUAACAGAAAAUAACACUGCACUUGAACUACACAAUAGAUAAUUAAUAAUGUACGUUUUAAAUCAUUCGAUGGUAAUUCUGUAAAUAAAUUAUGAAAUUGUUUUGUAAAUAUUGUACUUUAAUU